CAAUGCAUCGUCGUCCACCCGGGCGCGCGUUUGCCACAUGGGGGCAUUCCGAUCGCAAGCAUAAUUCAAAAAGUCUAAUGCGCAAGCGGGGGCCAGCUUACUUGGAUAUCCCUGGAUAUAUGUCUAGUAUUACUCCACUUAUCAGCGACUCGAUAUGCCACUCCAAAAUCUGGUAAUAAGGA